GCCAACAUGGAGGUGAUAGAUUAUAUAUCCGUACCCAUCAACGUUUUGAUUAAAGAUUUCAGUGCCCAAAUGUCGAAUAACAACUUCAACAGAUCAGUGCAGACACCUGAGAAUGAGUUCUCCAGUCAACCGGAUUUCGAGGAGUACUUGAUGUUGAGUGACUGGUUUGGUGAAGAUCAUAACUAUGUAGCUCAAGGGUCUACUCCGAAUUCAGUUAACCAAGUAAAUGAUGAUGACUCUGGUGGAAGUAGCAGCCAACCUGGAGGAUCUAAUACCAAUGACAGUGGAAGCAUGCUGGAGAGGCGUGAAGUUAAAGAAAGAGUGGCCUUCAAAAUGAAAUCAGAGGUUGAGAUUUUGGAUGAUGGGUUCAAAUGGAGGAAGUAUGGAAAAAAAAUGGUGAAAAACAGCCCAAAUCCAAGGAAUUACUACAAGUGUUCAUGUGACGGCUGCCCGGUGAAAAAGAGAGUUGAGAGAGAUAAAGAAGACCCAGCCUUUGUAAUUACGACUUAUGAGGGCACUCAUAACCAUCGGAGCGCCUGAAUUCACGAACAAUAUCCAGGUUUUGGUGAAGAAGGAAGAGGAAGAUAGAUAGCUGCUGCUGGUGCUACUGAUGUUGGAACUAAUAUAGCUCCCUUGUGACCCUUGUUAGGUGCAAUCUAUGAAGUUGGUAAAUGAAUAAAAGUUUCUGUCAGUAGAAGUUUUUCCAAAUUUGCUACACAAACUAAUGCAGCAGAUUGCAUUAAAGCUCAGCAGAGUGUACUAGUUUAGAGCAC